AUGCCGCCCAAAAAAGGGGCCGGCAAGCCGGCGCUGUCGGAGGAGCAGAUCGAGUACAUCCUCGCCAACUUUGACCUUGAGUCGGAGAAAAUGCUUUCCGAGCUCAAAAAUUCUGCGGACCGCCAGCUGACGGUCGCGCGCGAGCAGAUGGAGGCGCGGCUGCACAAGAUCCCUCCGGACGUGCGGAAUAUCACGCUGCAAGCCUACUAUGACAUGCACGCGGACACGGCGGGGUCCGAGCGUGGGCGCCAGCUCCCCCCCCUCGCGAUGGCGAGUCUGCCGAACGGCAAGGCAUGA